CUCACCAUCAAAACUCCAUUUCUCUUUCAUUUCUUUCAUCAUAUUAACACAAACACUCAAAUAAUGGCAACUUUCCAGAGUGGAAGCUCCAACGCCGCCGCCAAGGAGGUGGCGGUUCACAUUGAGUCAAAGACUGGCAUUGCUUUUCCGGUUAAAUUAAACGAUGGCAAAAGCUUGAACUGUGUUGGCUUGAACAAGAAAUCUAUACUUGGCCUGAACAUUAAGGUUUAUGGCUUUGCGUUGUAUGCAGAUAAUGAGAAGUUGAAAAGUCUUUUGAAGUUAAAAAUAGGAAAAUCCCCAGCAAAACCAACAGAGGAGAUGUAUCAGUUGGCAAUCGAUGGUGAUUUUGGUAUGACUAUCAAAAUAGUAACUGUCUUUUCUGGCCUGAAAGUGAGCAUGGUCAAAAAGAACUUCAGUGAAGCUGUGGUAGAAUCUAUAAUGAAACUCACUGGUGGCCAAAAGAAUGAGGACCUUGCAAACAAAAUUUUAGGUUCUGCAUCUGAUAAAAUCAAGUUGGCAACUGGUUCUGAAUUGGAGAUAUCUAAACUACAAGGAUAUGUUCUUGAAACAAAAGUGAAUGGAGAGCUUGUAAGCAGGGUUGAGAGUGAACUUCUUUGCAGAGCCUAUUUUCGAAUGUAUCUAGGAGAGGAUACGAUGGAGUGUGACAAGGAAUCGAGAGAGAUGUUCGGACAGUCCAUGCUUUCUCUCUUCUAAGAGAUUGGAGAAACAGUUUCAAUCAAUAAGAUUCAAGUCUGCACUACUUAUUAGGAACAAAGCUACUUACUUAUUCAAUAAGAAUGGAGACAAUGAGAAUGUUUUUUCUUCUUUCUGUCAUAGAUUCCAAGUGUGUUUUAUGCUUCACAUACUUAGUUUAAGCAUACAAUCCGAGGAGCUCAUUUCAUACAAACAAACAGCAGUUAGUGCAUUACUGAAAAUACAAGAAGCAAAGCUCUUCUUUUGUCUUGAA